UAGAGACGUCUUUAGCUCCGUUCCUUUCACAGACCAGGAAGUGUCAAUGCUGGUUUACUGGGCACUACGGUAUUUUCAAAACUGCUGUUUCAAGCGUCUUAGAAGAGCGAGUAUCAGAGGUUUGGGUGAACACACACUGGUUGGCUGCAUGUGCUGUAUAACACAUUGGAAGAAUGACAGACGACAAAGAUGUGCUACGAGAUGUGUGGUAUGGACGGAUACCCACUUGUUUUACAUUGUAUCAAGAUGAAGUCACUGAAAGGGAAGCAGAACCUUAUUAUCUUCUCUUGCCAAGAAUAAGUUACCUAACUUUAGUCACUGAUAAAGUAAAGAAACAUUUUCUGAAAGUUAUGAAACCUGAGGAUGUUGGAGAGAUGUGGUUUGAAUAUGAAGGCACACCUCUGAAGUGGCAUUAUCCCAUUGGUUUGCUAUUUGACCUUCAUGCUUCUAACACAGCUCUUCCUUGGAACAUUAUAGUACAUUUUAAGAAUUUUCCAGAAGCAGAGCUCCUUCAUUGCCUUUAUAAGGACACAAUUGAAGCCUAUUUCAUGUCCUGCAUAAAAGAAGCAGAUGCCUUAAAACACAAAAGUCAAGUGAUCAAUGAAAUGCAGAAGAAGGAUCACAAACAGUUGUGGAUGGGCUUGCAAAAUGAUAAGUUUGAUCAGUUCUGGGCCAUAAAUCGAAAACUAAUGGAGUAUCCUGCAGAAGAUUUGGGGUUUCGAUAUAUUCCUUUCAGAAUAUACCAGGUAUCAGUCAAUAUACAUGUCCCCAUUCUUCUCCAAGCAAAUCUAGCCGGUGUGGCAUCAAGUGAACGGCCAUUCAUUCAGAAGUUAUUUCGACCUGUUGAUGCAGAUGGGCAGCUUCAGAGCCUGGGAGACUUGCUAAAAGAUGUUUUUCCUAUUGCCCUCACUCCUGAAGAUGGUGAAAAGAAAUUCCAAGUGAUGAUCCAUGGAAUUGAACCUUUGCUUGAGACCCCAAUGCAAUGGCUGAGUGAGCAUCUGAGUUACCCAGACAACUUCCUUCACAUCAGCGUCAUCCCUCAGCCCACAGAUUAAGGAAAAAACUAUAUAUUGAAACAUUCUCAGACCCAGACUGUUACAAACUGCAUAUAUUCAUACUGGAUGCAGUAACGUACAUCGAUGCUGCUCUUCUGUAUCAACAGAAGCAGGGAAAAAAAAACUGUUGCAAGACUAACAGGAAGAGUUUCGUCACCAGAUAAGAGCAGUGGGGCUGGGUCUAGCACGCAUCACAGCUGCUCUCAUUAACCUCAGUUACAGUAUACAGGAGGUAUUUUUGGACCACUGUGUCUUUGCUGUUUUCUUGUAAAAUACAGUAAAGGUGAAACAUUCUCAGCCAGCAGAGCAAAUGGAAAACUGUGGUAACUGAUUACUGUUUCUGAAGAAUAAACAAACAAACAAGGGUAUUUUCUAAUGUACCCAUAAGUGAGCAAUUAUGUUCAGGUAGUGGAAAUGUUGGUUUGAACUUUCCAGAGAAUUAGAUUAUCUCACGGGGAAAAUUAAGAAGUAUCUCUUUUCAUAAUAAUUAGCAGGUCAGUGUACUGCAGUAAAUUCUACCAGGUGUUUUGUAGCAGCUAAUUACUGUAAACCUCUUAUUUUUAGAACUGUUUGUAUGCUUAAUGUAUCUCUUUGCCUGCUUUGUUAAUUUCCAGUAUCAGACUGGGGUCUAUACACAGAUCUAUAUACAUAUAUAUAUUUUUUUCAUUACUUACAGUAACACAGGUGUAUGACAUUUAAUUUUCACUGUCACUACAAUGCUACUGCAGUUCUUACAAUGUCCAGAUGUUUAUAUUUUGAAAUAUAUGAGUGAAAGUAACUUUUUUCCUUCUAAAUUCUGUAAAAAUAUUGUUCUGAUUCUUAAGAAAUCAAAUCCUUUUACUGGAGCAAGACAUAGUCUACAAGGGACUUGGAUUAUUUUAAUAAAUGCACAUUAAACUUGUAAAUAGGCUGA